UUUUCUUGCUCUUUCUGUUGUUGUGGUUGCUUUUCUGCCUUUCGACGUGGAGCGAUCUAUUUAUAUAUCUAUUUUGGUUUAUUUUGGAAGCACAUAUUCUCUUCGGCAUAGGAUAAAUACGUAUAUAUGCUUAAACAUUCACACUUUCUGUGAAACGGUUAAGCAUUUCUCCGAAGAAAGGUGGCCAAAGAACAACGUUGUGCAACGCCGGCUGGGGAUUUAAAGAUUGACGUUAAAUUGCAUCAGGAAAAGAUAUAUAGAUUUUCCAACGCGCAAGAAUAUAUAGAAAUCGGUGUCACAGCAAAUAUGGCCAUUAUGUAACGCACCGAUUCCGGCUCCAGCGUAUUUAGCACACUAGCGACACCCCAAAGAUCCAGGAUCACAAUGGACAUCCUGGUUUUUCUGACGGCGGCGGCCCAUUUGGUCUACACGCCCUUUACGAAAGUGGAGGAGAGCUUCAAUCUGCAGGCCAUGCACGAUAUUCUCUAUCUGCGCAACAACUUUACACAGUACGAUCACCAUGACUAUCCGGGCGUGGUGCCCCGCACCUUCAUUGGCCCACUGGUGGUGUCCAUGAUCUCAGCCCCGUUCGUUCUCCUCUUCGAGACUCUGAACAUCAACAAGUUCUGGGCCCAAUAUGUAGUGCGCCUCGUCCUGGCUGGAGCCAUCUCGGUGGCCUGGAACAAACUGCGCCAGGCGGUGACCAAGAUCUACGGCGUUGAAGUGCGCCUGUGGUUCACAGCCAUCACCAUUACGCAGUUCCACUUCAUGUUCUACAUGACGCGUCCGCUGCCCAAUAUCUUCGCCCUGCCCAUAGUUCUGUUUGCCAUCGCCUAUUGGCUGCGCGACCAGCACAAGCCAUUCAUCAUCUGCUCGGGCAUAUCCAUCCUCGUCUUUCGCUCCGAGUUGGCACUAUUUUUGGGUCUUUUGCUGGUCGUGAGCCUCCUGCAGCGCAAAUUCUCCAUUGACGGGCUGCUGAAGGUUGCUCUGCCGGCGGGCAUUUGCAUUUUGGCCGCCACAGUGCUGGUGGACUCGUUCUUUUGGCGCCGCCUGCUUUGGCCCGAGGGCGAGGUGCUCUGGUACAACACAAUACUGAAUAAGAGUUCGAAUUGGGGCACAUCGCCCUUCCUGUGGUACUUCUAUUCGGCGUUACCAAGAGCCAUGGGUGCAUCGUUGGUGCUUGUGCCCAUUGGAGUUACGCUGGAGCCACGUAUUCGCCCAUUGGCUUUGUCGGCUCUGCUCUUUGUCCUCUUGUACUCCGUUCUGCCUCACAAGGAGCUGCGUUUCAUCAUCUACGUGUUUCCAGUUCUCAAUAUUGCCGCCGCCUGCGCCUGCCAACGCAUUUGGAUGAACAGCGCCAAGUCGACGUGGCACAGCUUCCUGGCCCUCGCCUGCGGAGCUCACCUCCUGUUGAAUGUCUUUAUGACCAUCUUUUUGCUUGUAAUUUCUGGCACUAACUAUCCGGGUGGAGCGGCCCUUUCCCGCUUGCAUCGCUUGGAGGCUGGCUCUCCUAAUGUCUCCGUGCACAUUUCCAACUUGGCCGCCCAGAGUGGCGUGUCGCGUUUCAUGGAAAUACACGAUGAGUGGAUCUACAGCAAGGACGAGUCGAUGAACUAUACCCAAGCGGAUCUUGAAUUGUACACCCAUCUCUUGGUGGAGGCGAAAAACAAGCAGAACACGGAACUUUGGACCUCAUUGCAAAACGAUUUCGAUACUCUGGAGUUUGUCGACUGUUUCAACAGCAUCGGCAUUCAGUACAAUUCACUGCUGCCGGUGCGCAUUAAAACUAAGCCUUGCAUUGGUAUACUAAAAAGAAAGGCGCUGCCUCCGAAGGAAAAAUUAAAAAUUAAGGAGAAAAAGAUAAAAACUAAAGCGCCUGAAGUUGAGAAAAAAAUAACUCCUUUGCCUUCUGUUGAAGAUAUACCAAAGAAAAAGGAAGUUUCGAAGAUCAAACCGAUGUUACCAGUGGAUCUUGACGAUGACGAUGGCAUAGUGGCAACUGUGGAGGAAAUGUCCCUGGAACUGGAGACCACUGAACCACAAGCUGAGGCAGAAGCAGAAGCAGAAGCCGUAGAAACUCCCGCCAAGGAGAUCAACUUCCAGGAACUGCGUACGCUCGCCUUGGGACAGGCGACGAAAAAAUCGCGGGCAGCCACCAAGCUGAAAAUACGCAAAAUCAUCGAGCAGCACUACCGAGCCAAGGGCAAGCAAAUCGAAAACGACUCCGCGGAGCAGGCUCAAAAAUCACCUGGCUCUCCCGGCGGACGACCAGGACUAAGGCAGUCUGUGAAGUCCAUCAUUAAGCAGGAGAGGAUCAAGGAAAUGAUCGAGCAGAUCGCAACGAUGGACCUCACACGCAUCUGCGACUUGGAAAAGACAUCGACGAAGGACUGUUUGAAACAGGUCAUUGACAAAAUAGACGAUAGCGAGGGCUUGAAAACCAAAUGACAAAACUUACCAUAUUUUCAACUGUUUCUAAAUUAAACUAA